CCGCCGCCCCGCCCGGGCCCGGCCGCGGCCCGUCUGGCCGCCCCGCCCCGCAGCUCCGGCCCGCCCCGUCCGGUGGGCGCCGCGCCGCAUGGAGGCCGGCUGAGGAACGCCGCCCAGCCCGGCUUCACGCGUCGGUGCCAGAGCCGCUGCCAGCCAUGGAGGAGCCGGAGGAGCAGCCGCCCCGCGAGGCCGACACAGAGCCCGUCGUGACUUCAGGGGCCUCAGAGGCAGUGCCCAGGGUGCUCCCCGGAGACCCCCAGAACCUGUCCGACGUGGACGCGUUCAACCUGCUGCUGGAGAUGAAGCUGAAGAGGCGGCGAGAGCGGCCCAAUCUGCCGCGCACGGUGACUGAGCUGGUGGCCGAGGACGGGAGCCGGGUGUACGUGGUGGGCACGGCCCACUUCAGCGACGACAGCAAGCGGGACGUGGUGAAGACCAUCCGGGAGGUGCAGCCUGACGUGGUGGUGGUGGAGCUGUGCCAGUACCGCGUCUCCAUGCUGAAGAUGGACGAGCGCACGCUGCUGCGCGAGGCCAAGGAGAUCAGCCUGGAGAAGCUGCAGCAGGCCGUCAGGCAGAACGGCGUUGCCUCGGGGCUGAUGCAGAUGCUGCUGCUGAAGGUGUCCGCCCACAUCACGGAGCAGCUGGGCGUGGCCCCCGGCGGCGAGUUCAGGGAGGCCUUCAAGGAGGCCAGCAGGGUUCCCUUCUGCAAGUUCCACCUGGGCGACCGGCCCAUCCCCGUCACCUUCAAGCGGGCCAUCGCCGCCCUCUCCCUCUGGCAGAAGGUCAAGUUGGCCUGGGGCCUGUGCUUCCUGUCGGACCCCAUCAGCAAGGACGACGUGGAGCGCUGCAAGCAGAAGGACCUGCUGGAGCAGAUGAUGGCGGAGAUGGUGGGCGAGUUCCCCGACCUGCACCGCACCAUCGUGUCCGAGCGCGACGUCUACCUGACCUACAUGCUGCGCCAGGCCGCCCGCCGCCUGGAGCUGCCGCGCGCCUCCGACGGUGAGCACGGGGCCUGCAGGCACGGGGCCCCGCGGGGGACGGGGGCGCUCGGGUGCUCAUGCGUUUCUCACCCCAGCCGAGCCCAGGAAGUGCGUCCCCUCCGUGGUGGUGGGCGUCGUGGGCAUGGGCCACGUCCCCGGCAUCGAGAAGAACUGGACCACCGACCUCAACAUCCAGGAGAUCAUGACCGUGCCCCCGCCGUCCGCCUCGGGCAGAGUGUCCCGCCUGGCCGUGAAGGCCGCCUUCCUGGGCCUCCUGGGCUACGGCCUCUACUGGACAGGGCGCCGCGCCGCCAGCCUGCUCCUGGCCCUGCCCGCCGCCCGGCACUGCCUGCAGAGGCUCUCCGACGCCUGGCCGCACAAGUAGCAGCACAGACGAGCCGGCGCGUCCUUGCGGAGGGGCCCCCCCGCCGGGGUCCCGGCCCAGCCUUGCCUGCCCGCCCCCAGCCCGCCCAAAUAAAAGAAUCGGUUCACUGUCUGAGCUCCGGCCUACCCGCAGCUCCUCCGCCCUGCCCCUCCCCCGUGGGCUGUUAGGAGGCUCACGGGCAGGACUAGCGGGGCGGGGGCGGGGCUCGGGAGUCCAACCAGCCCCUUUCUCUCCGUGCCUUCUCUCCGAGGCAGGCGGCGGGGGUGUCUCACGGGGGUUAGGCCGCUCCCAGGGCGGGCUGGGCCGUGCAGCCUUGGGGUGUCCCCUGGGAGCGACUCAGCCAGGCUCAGGCCCCAGGAAGCGCCAGCAGCAGCUCUGCCUGCAGAGAUUGUGUGUUCCGGGCUUUUAAAAAUGUCUGAAACUUUUUUACUCAGGUAAUUUUAACUUAAACUGAAGCAAAUGUCAGGAAAUACUAGCCUUAAACCUGGUUGGGACAGAGAACGUCUUUUUCUUGAGUCUCAGUCCUGGGAAGAUGAGCAUGUGGGCAGCCAGGCCAGCCCCGUGCCUGCCUCCAACUGCUGGGGUCCUGGGCCCAGGACUCCACCCUCUUGGUGGCUGACCUUGCUUCCUGUGCGGCUGGCGGAGGGACCUGGGGUCGCCCUUUGCUCUCUGGACAGAUGGUGGCUGCCAGCAGGGCGUCUGCCUUGCACGGGACCCAGUCGGGCCCAGUCGGGCCCCACACAGCACUUGCCUCGUCGCCACCUGUCUGCGUGUCUCCUGCGUAGCGUCUGGGGCCCACGGCCACGUCUGAUUGUGUGUGUGUGUCGACUCAGUGUCCAGAUGAGGUGAAGUCCACGCCCCGGGCUGGACCAGGUUGUUGUCACUCACAUGCUCGUAUACCCGUCUCUUGGAAACUGAAAUAAAAUCUAAUUUUGGAA